AUGUCCAGAACGACAAGAGCGGACUCACCUAUGGACGAGAGUCCAUCGAUGCUCUCGCAGUGUCGCGGCAAGGUCGGCUCCACUAUCACCUCUAGACUUGAGAAGCUGGCUAUUGAGCUGCCGGAUGCACAUCUACGCCAAAGAGCAAGCCUGACAUUACAUGCGGCGCAGCGACUAGAAGACUAUCCAGUUGCGCUCAACCACGGAGAUCUUAUUCCAUCCAACAUCCUAGUCGACCAGAACACCUGGGAAAUUACAGGCUUGGUAGAUUGGGCGGAGGCAGAGUACUUACCUUUUGGAACUUGUCUAUACGCACUCGAAUAUCUCCUUGGAUACCUCACACCGGCUAUUCCCGACCUUCCGCCUGUGUGGACCUACUUUGAUGGCGCGACGCAGCUUCGUGAGUUGUUUUGGACGCACUUGAUCGAGGCUGUACCGGAGGUAGGAGCUCGAGCAGAAGACGUUAAGGUGAUAAGAGAUGUAGGUGUGCUGCUUUGGCAUGGUAUCGCUUGGGAUGAUGGCGCUAUCAAUCGUGUCGUCAACGAAGUGGAUGAUAUGGAAGAGAUGACUAAACUUCGUGCAUUUCUAACUGUAGGUUGA